AUGUUGUCACAAAUUCAACAUUUAGCUCAAAAAGGUUUACAAGCUGGUUUCUUAAAAUCUCUUGCAUCAACUACAAUAAAUAAUGAUACACUUCCAUUAAUUUUUCAUUAUGGGCCAUUUACUUCCAAUCUUUUCUUUUAUUUUCGUCAUGAAUGGAUUCAAUCAUUCAUACGAAAUAGUUGUGGUCGUUAUAAUUUUCUUUGGCUUGAUUCAAUUAAUCAAACAGAUCAAACAUCUAAUAUAACAAUUGGUUGGCAAACAAACAUUUCCAAUAAUAAUACUCAACUACCAUUAAUACUUAAGCGUGAAAAUCAAGAAAAUAAUGAUUAUCUUUGUAUAAAUUAUAUAAAACCUCAUCAUGAUAUUAAUUUAAACCAAUUAGCAAAUGAACGAACAUGUUUUUGGAAAAAAUAUUUUUCCAAACGUGAAAAACUUGAAUGUAUAUCAUCAAAACAAAAUCAAUUUAAUAUAAGCUAUCGUCUUUCAUCUGAUAUUGUACCAUAUGAUUUAGAAACAAUACAAUCAAAUAAUGAUACAUCAUUAAAUUUAUUAUUAAAUAUCAAUCAUACAUUAAUAACAUUAUUAAUUGAUUCAGAAAUGAAAUGCUUACAUCCAUUAUUAACAGCAUAUCAAAUUAGAAUAGAAUCAACAUUAAAAACAACAGAACUUUGUUUUUAUUUAUCUAAAUUAUUAACAUCUAAAUAUCAUUUACGUGUAUUACAUUUAAUUAAUAACGAUGAUAAAAAUGAUUUUAUACCAUUUCAUAUAUUACUUAAUGAUGAUACAUUAAAGAAUGGUCUUUGUAAUGUAUGGAAUCGUGAUACACAAUUAAAUGAACAGAUACAUGUAAAACAAGUUGCAAAACGUUUAGCAGAUUAUUUUAAAGCUCUAGAAGAUUUUGUGUAA